AUGUGGGCCCUGCUGCACGCGGCCCUCAGAGCGUGGGUCAUCCAGUGCUGGUGGAGGCAGGUUCUGGCGAGGCUAGUGGAGAAGAAGUGGCAGGCGGCGCUGGACUGCCACACACGUGAGCAACGGGCAGCUGUGAAGCUGCAGUCCUGGUUCCGUAUGUGGCGUCUGCAGAAACGUUACUGGCAUUUUCUCAACUCGGUCCGCAUCAUCCAGGUCUACUGGCGCUGGCGUAAUUGCCACACCCGGGGCGUUCUCAAGGGCAACUACGAGCUCACAGCUCACCAGCUCGGCCUCCAGCUGGACAUCUUCCUGGGGUCACAGAUUUGCCGCAUCACCGACUGCAUCCCCUUCCCAAUAAAGAACUGACCAGGUCUGCUCCA